AUGAAAAAGAUAGUAGACGAUAUAUUCGGGGAGCACGGUGCAUUUUGGCAAAACCUUACGGGACCAUUUUGGAAUACAGUUAAUGCAUAUGGACCCGAGAGCGAUCCACUAAAACCAACUGUGUCCUCAGAACCACAAAAAGAAGCAGAAAAACCUCUGACGCAACUUCCGGAACCAAUGCCUCUCCCACAACUACCGUCUUUUUGUAAACCGUAA